CUUAAAUUCGAAAUAGAUUCCAGCGCUAAAACCCUAAACCCUAAUUCAUAUCAAAUCAAAUUGCCAUUCCGAUCAAUCAAUCCGAAAAUUAGGGCAAAGUUGGGAGCCGUCUGAUUUCUGCCCAGUUCAAUUCGACGGCACAGGAGCUCAGUAAUGGAGACCGUUGCUGCGCGUGGCUGCGGAAACGAUGAGUUAGUGCCAAUGAAGAAGAAAAGAAAGCUGAAAACUACAGAUCAUAUCGAUGAAGUGCAAGGACGUUCCAAAACGACUCGUGGAGACAGUGAGGACGGUUCUCCAUGGAAGAACUUGGAGUUGAUUUUGUCGCUGCAGGAUGCGAGCACCAGCCUCAUGGAGAAGGUCGAUUUGUCGUUCGAUUAUGUGCAAUCAAGCAGUACGAAGGUCCCAGGUGAUAUUCGUGGCCAAGUACAUGUAAUGGAUGCAUCAAGGACAGUAGCAUUCUUGAGCAAUUGGGUUCAAUCAGUUUUAAUUCAAUCUGAAAGGAAACUGAGGCUUGAAAAUAAGCAACCUGAUUUUGGAACCACUGGGUCGUUUUUGGAUAUUAGAUGCUGGCGGGUAUUGCUUUUCUGCCUGAAGGAGUCACAGAGAGCUCAGAUGCCAUUGGCGUGUUCUAAGGACUUUUUAUGGGUGAUACAUUCGAUUGAAAUGGAUGUGCUCUCUUGUUUCAUCGACAAGUCAUGCUGUGAGGGCUUGCUUUCAGGUGAGCGGAUGCAGUUUUACGAUGUCGUGCUUGAUUGUCUCUUGCUUAUCUUCUCAUUCCACGGUGGAGUUGCUAAUGAAAAUUUAGAGAUGUGGAUUUUGGUCAUUGAUAAAGUGAUUGAAAUCAUCUUGAAAGUUGUCUCGGGUAAGAUUGAAGGCAGCAUAUUAUGGAAUUUCGUAUUGCGUUUCGCUUGUUACUUAUUUGAGCCAUUUGCAAAGUUUUUGAGGGUCCAUCCAAUGCGUAAAAUUGGUUUCUACACUUUCAUCAGCAAACUUUUUCAGCCUUUACUACACUUGGUAAAUCUUCUGCAAACUCAUCCUUGCCACAGUGAAGGUGAAUUGAAAACAAAUGUAUCUAAAUUUGUUGAUGAAGUUAUAUCUCAUGGCCUGUUCCACUCUGUUCACAUUGAUGGUUUUCUCAGUCUUCAAAGUUCUAAUCGAUAUAGAAAUUCUUGUGAUUCAAAAGUGAAGGAGGAAAGACCAGUGAAUAAAAGUUAUCAUAGACACCUAUUUGAUCAAGUGGAGAAGAUUGUAGCUUUGAAGAGCGAACCACCAUUACUUGGCCUAGGAGAGUUGCUUCAUUUAUUUUCCAGCUGUGUUGUGAAGAAAAAGGCAGCUUCUGUUAGUGGAGUUUCGAUGCACUUGGAUGUUAAGUCAAUUUUUCACGAUUCUUCAAAUCUUACUGCAGGAAGGACAGAAACAUCAGAAAGUAUGGAUGCAGAAUCGCGAAAAUGUGUUUUUGAUUUUUUUGUACACAUUAUGGAAUCUUUAUUAUCAGAUCUCAACAAGUGUCUACAACUCGAUGUGGAAGUAGCAUCUAUAUUAUAUGAUGUUUCCAUCACACUAAGAUCCAUCAAUAGCUUACUUGCUAUCUUUAUUCGUGAAAAAUUAUACUUAAGAACAGAGGAUACGACUGAUGGUGCUUCCCAAAAUUUCCUGAGGUUCAUCUAUACUAGUCUCAUGAGGUUGUUCACCAAGAUUACUCAUCAGAAAGCAUAUGAUAUACAACACAGAGAACUCUUAAGUUGUGUUAGAAAGGAGCUUAUAGUUAGUGUCCAUCAUUUAUUAGAUAUUGAAUAUAAUGUUGUUGAAGAUGGUCUGGAGAGCUUAUGGUCUCUUUCUCUCUCAUCUUUACCCUACUGCUACGUCUCAAGUGAUGUGCCAAAUCAAUCUUCACUCUUUGCAGAGAUACUAAGCCUGGGAUGCAGGUUGAUUGAUCUUUAUAGUGAUCUUCGGCAGGUGGAUACUUCAAUAUUUGCAUUUUGUAGAGCAGUGAGGUAUUCUCUAUCAUUUGCUGGGCAUCGUGAAGAAUGUGCUCUGUCAAACACAUGUUCAUCAUAUCCAAAUUCUUUGAGCAUGCUAGUUUGCUCCUUAGAAUUCCGGCGCUCUUUGAGCAAUGCUGUCAAGGUGAUACCAGAAGGGCAAGUGGCUAAAUGUAUUCAGCAAUUGAGUUCUGAUAUUAAAAACUGUCUGGCAUGGAUAAAAUUAGGACAUGAGUUGGACGAUGUAGAUGAAAAUGUAAAAUCAGAUCCACAUUGUUGUGAGUCGCUGAAGUUUCAUUUGCAAGCUGAAAUCCUUGGAAAGGUGUUGUCUGAUGCAUAUGCAAUCAUUCUAGAAUCAGUAAUUGUCACCAGUGGUAAUAGUUAUUUCAUCAGUGAUUCUUUGAAGGUAUUGAUAGAAAUGACACGACCUUGUUUGAGUGGCUUGGUCUCAUUACAGCCUGAUGUUAGCAAAGGUUUAUUCACCUUUAUAGAUGGAAGAACUUUAGGUAAGAGCAAUGGAUGUGACAAUUUGUCCAUGUGCUGGAUUUUAAAGUUCUUAUUCCAUUUACUGCUGUCCUGCAGAAGCUUAUCUCAGGAAGUAAUCACUCAUAUGACUUCAGAUACAUCCAAAGACCUGUCUAAAUUUAUAGGUGGUCCAUUUUUUACUCACUCCAUGAAGUAUUGUAUGGACAUGGCUGAUUCUGAUUAUGAAGGGUUUUUUUCGCGGAUCCUAGAGCCUUCGAGGACUCUUCUUCAUGUUAUAAAAUCUGUUUCUAAAAUUUGUAUUCAGGAUACAGUUGUACUUUGCCCACCCUUGUUGUAUAUUUUAACUUCCAUGGCUGUUCAAAGACUUGUUGAUCUGAAUAAAGUGAUGGCAGUUUCUGACUAUGCACUAACAUGGAACAACUCGAUGAGUCAGAAGAAAUUGAAAGAUGAUAGCUAUGUGUCCUCGUAUAGCAAGAAAUCCAUUUCAAAAAGGAAAAAAGAAGCUGUGAAUCUUACAAAAUUCGUCAUGGGAAAUAUUUUAGUGAUGGACAAGGAACAGAGAUCCACUCUAUCAUUCAGUCAAACCAAUGCCUUGAAUUUUGCCAUUGGAUCCCUAGAUGAAAAGUCACUGCUAUCUGCUUUGUGGUACAAAAUUUGCAAAAAUGUUGAUGUUUGGUGUGCUCAUGCUGUCAAGAAAGACUUGAAGAGGUUUCUUACACUUCUGAUCCAGACUUCCCUUCCAUAUACAAAUGAUAAAGAUGGCUGCCUAAGAACAUGUAACAUUGUCAACCCUGGAUAUGAGAAGAAAGUCAAUUUUCAUCAGAUUGACCUGGAGUUUGUGAUCAACAGGGCAGAAAACGAUGAAUCCAUUUGGAGGUAUAUGUCCUCAAGGUUCUGCAGGAUUCUGCGGAAGUCAGUUUCAUCUCUAUUUACAACUUGCGGCGAGGAUUUGGGGAGGUCACCUGAUUGGGUUGAGGUUAUAUCGACAGUUGAAAAAUUAUCUGAUACACAAGCUUGGACCAAGCAGAAGAUGGUGCCUACUGCUUUUUGCAAUAAACAAAAUGAUGGGUUUGCUAGGUGUCGGUCAUUGCUUGCUCUAUUAAUACAGAUCCCAGAAAUAUAUCUAGGUUCCAAAUCUUCAUCAUAUAUCACCAACAUUCUUAAUCUUGAAAGGCUUCUAGUGGACAGCUUGUUAUGCUGGCGUGACACACCAUCAUCUAACAACAUCUGCCAGAUUUUCCAAUUGUUUACAAUGUGUAGAAGAGUUCUCCAGAUUUUAGCUGUAGCUUCUAGCAAAGAAAAGGGCUCUGGAAGUCUGAACAAACUCCCUGAAAGCUCAUUUCCUCUACUGUGGCUUUUAAAAUCAUUAUCUGCGGUGAUUGAAUUUCAGCGCACAUUUCCAGAACAUAUUGGGGUUGAAAUGAAAGACAUGGCUAUUUCGUUGUUGGACUCUACGUCUGAUUUGUUGCUGACAGUAUGUAAAGAUCGUAUUGAAUGUGCGGUUGCAUCUUCACUUUGCACUGGGAUGCUUCAUGGAGAAGAGGAAAUCCUAACUCCCGUCAAUGAAGAGCUUGAGCAAUCUGAAAACUCUCUACGAGUGAAUCCCGAAGAGAAUUUAGAUGCAAUGGAAAGUGUCCUUCAGUUAUGUAAGGCAUUAGAAGAACACUUCAAAAAGCCCCUUACCAUAAUUGAUGAUGCUUGUCUUACCCAGAAAGUAGAAGCGAUGGACACAUAUCAAGAUUUUAGCACUUUAUCAAUGGCAAUGUCUUGCUUCCAUGGACUAUUACAGGGCUUGGCUUCUAUAUUGGACGAGACAAAUUCUCUUGACAGUAAUUUCAGGACGAAUUUUCCUAGUAACAAUGUUGAGCUGAUGACUAGAAUCAAUUCAUGUGUGGAUACAUUUGUGAGUUCCAUGACUUUUGUCCUGAAAUUAUUGUUUCUUGAAGAUGGCAUGGCCUUCAACAUGCCAACAUAUGGUGAUAAUGCGUUUGGAGUAGUAAUCCCGGAUCUUGAAGCAUUUUUUACUGAUAUUCAGCAGCAGGGGCUCUAUCGAAAAAACAUAUUGUUAUUGAAGAUUAUAAGUGGUGAAGAUGCUGAGGUCGCCAUCUUUCUCCAACAGCUGUUUAUUGCUUUUUCAGCUAUUUUGAGAUUGAACCUGCAGAUUAACCUUACUUCCAGUUUUUGGAGCAUAUUACCAGUUGUGAUAGGCAUUUCUCAAUUUCUGCUGUUGGAAUCUUCAAAAGCUGAGAAACUACACAAAUUUGCAAUUUGUUGUUUAGAUGGUGUGGUGAAAUUUCUCAAAGAGCUAGGCAAUUAUUUUUCACAGUUUGAUCCUUCAUUGUCCCGAGAUUUUUUUGUACGGCUGAUAGGCUUGCACUUGAGCGUUAUUGGUAAAUGCAUAUCCUUGCAAGGGAAGGAAGCAAAGUUGGCUUCUCAAGAGACCGGGUCACAUGCGAAGAAGCUUUACAAUCAGGCAACAUCUUUUUCUUCUUUGGGAUCAAGUCAAUUGAGUGAGCUAAAGAAGCAAUUGAGGACGUCAUUCAGAGCGUACAUUAUGAAAUCAUCGAAGUUGCACUUGCUGUCUGCCAUUCAGGCUGUGGAGAGAGCUCUAGCUGGGGUACAGGAAGGAUUGAUGGCAAAUUAUGAAAUAGUUUUCGGAAGUCCAAAUGGAGGAGAAGUCUCCUCUGUUGUUGCUGCUGGGAUUGAGGGCUUGGAUUUGAUUCUUGAAUCUGUAACAGGGACAAAGCGUGUAAAUACGAUCAAAAGGCACAUCCAGAGCCUAGUUGCUUGUCUUCACAACAUCAUCAUUCAUUUGCAAGGCCCUGAUGUCUUCUUUGGAUGUGUGGAUUCUAACAAGGCUUAUGCAAGAACGGAUUCUGGGUCGGUUGUACACAUGUGUAUCGAAGUACUCACAAAAUUUUCCAGCAAACCCUCUCUAUUUCAAAUAGAGGCCUGCCAUGUCGUAGAGUCCCUGCGUGCACCAGGGGUGAUGUUUCAACACUUUCUGCAGCUUCGGCUUCCUACAGCAAAAAUUGAUUUUAGCAGCAUUUCUGUCGAUAGAAAGUUUUCGGUGGAGAUGUACGCUUCAUGUUGCCGUAUGUUGUGUACUGCUCUUAAAAAUCACAAAAGUGAAACCCAACAUUGCAUAGCUAUUUUGCAAGAUUCAGUUGCGGUUCUCCUCCACUGUCUGGAGAAUUCAUCGGGAAUUGAGUUUUUCUCAUGGACAGUACAAGAGGCCGUAAUAUGCGCUCACAACCUUCGAAGAGUGUAUGAAGAGGUACGAUCAGAGAAGGAUGUCCUCGGACGAUUUUCAUUUCUGCUACUGUCUCGCUACAUCUCUGUUUAUUGCGGAUUCGGCCCUGCUAGAACUGGCAUCAUCAGGGAGGCCGACGAUGCUCUGAGGCCUGGCCUGUAUGCAUUACUCGAUUGCUGCUCAGCUGACGAUCUUCAACUUCUUCAUACACAACUUGGAGACGGUUCUUGUAGAACACUUCUUGCAGAGCUGCAACACGAAUACAAGAUUAAGUUCCGGUUUGAAGGGAAAAUUUGAUUUCACUGUCAAUCAUAAGAACCAAAUAGAGGUAAUCAAAGAUAAAAAAAGAAAGGCAAUGCAAUGCAAGGUAUGUGUUAGAAAUCCACAUAGAAAUUUUACAAUUUAUCCUAAACUUUAUAAUUAUAUUAUCCAUUAAAGUAAAAUUGCCAAUGCAGAAAAUGUAUGCAAGAACCCUUUGUAUGUGGUAGCCGGUAGCCGAAAUGGAUGGUGAGUUAUUCUUUAAACAAAACCUUUUUUUAUAUGAUCUUAUGUCAUUUGAAAAGGAUGGAUAUGAAUUUAAUGUGUUAAAACAUAGCCAUUAUAACCAACUACGUGUAGGGUCUUUUCCUUUUUUUUUUUUUUUUUUUUGGGUUGAUUUUUGUUAUUUUUUAGGUGAUGUUUUAUAUAUUUC